AUGGGAUUGUAUUUGGAGAGGGACGAUUGUCAGAAAAGACCUUUCAAAACUGCUUGGAGGACUGAAAUCUUCGAAAUAAUAAAAGCCAAUUCUAAGCCAAUGGAGGUAAGUCUUUUCGGAAAUCCUCAGUGUUUUAAUUGAUGACCCCGUUAAUGAGUAAAACGCGGUGGGUAACUUCAUGGUCAUUUUGAUUUCUUCGAGGAUUAGACUUCACAAAAUACUAAGGUCAACACCCACAUGGAUAUUUCACCCAAAAAGACAAUUAACAAUUGCGUUCACACUUCUGUCACAAGAGCAAACUUCACUCACAUAGAAUAUGACAUUAGACACUAACUUUGCACUGAUUCGGUUCACACUGAUCAGUCGCCAACAACAGUCGUUUUAAGGACCACACUCACAUGGACGAUCACGAUUACAUUAGAUAAAUUACUGAUACUUUUGGGUUCACACAUCUAUCACCAAUUACAGUCUUUUGAAGGGCUAAACUCACAUGGACGAUCAUCUCUCAUACUAGGCCUAUGUCACUGGGUUUUUAUGGUCCAGUAUAUUUUUAGACACAUUUUAUGGAACUUUUUCCCGAUAAAAUAGAAUCUCCACCAUGUCUAUAAGCGCAUUCGAAGUAUGAGAUAUCAGAAAGGAAAACUAAACGUUAUUAAAAGGCAAAAACAUCAUUUUUAGGUCUGUAGGUUUUCCUGACUGGUUUGUGAAAUUUAAAUGACAAUCAAAAUUCGCGGCAAAAGCGUUCUAAAAAUAAACUGGUCUGUGAAAAACGCCGUGACACGAGCGCUGGGAAGUUUCUCGCUCCGGGUUAUGGGCUCCUGCGACACUUUAUUCAUCCAUCAACAAAACCACUUUUAACGAACGAUUUCACCAGACAAACUACAUUCUCAUCCCCAGAGCCUUUCAGCUUAAUUUAUAACAAACGAGACCACGUGAUCAAAAGAAACAAAGGGGUCUUUGGACGAGAAUAGACUAACUACAUUUUCGUUCCCAGAGCCACUCAGCUUAAUUUGUAGCGAUGGAGAUCAUGUGGCCUAAAGAAACGACGGAGUCUGGGAAAGAUAAUGGACAAACUACUGAUGUCAUUGACUUCAAUAAAUAUAUUAUUUCGUUUUUCUUGUUAUUCGUAGGAGCCAUCAGAGAGUGCAGCCGUGGAGCGCUCAUCCAGCUUAUUUUACGCCAACUCUCCUAUGUUCCAUAACUCCAUUUACACCUGCAUUGGCUUGCUGCUGUUUUUGUCGGCUUGUGGCAUU